ACGGUGACGCGACGGCUGCUGUGCCUGGACAAGGCCGCAAGGAGGCGCCGGGGCCGGAUAGAGAUUGUCCUGAGACCUAGAGAAAGGCCGGGAGCAGGAAAGGGAGAAGCGGGAUGUAGCUGCCCGGUAUGUAGCGACUGGAGGGCGACUCCAUCAUGAGAAGAUGUGCCGGUGAGCUGCCAUAGCGUUCUUAGACCAACAAGAUGCCGACAGAAUACACAUGGUGUCAUCACCAUCAAUUGCUGCCAGACACCCAUGAAGCUUACCGAAAGUUAUAGAGACCCCAUUAAAAGCAGGAAGCAUCAUGAAGCCUGCAUACGAACGGAGCCAGGAAUGUCUUCCACCAAAGAAACGGGAUCUGGCUCAAAGCACUAUAAACAUAGAGCAGCAAGCACCCAAGGUCAAUAACUCCUCCAGUAGUGAAAGCUCAGCUAAUGAGACUCCAAACUGGCCCCGAGGAGUAUUGGUGGCUUCAGGACAAGGACAUGGGGUGAGAUAUGAAGUGGCUGGAGAUGGGGCUGAGGCAGUCACAGUGGAUCAGUAUGGAAAUAUGUACAAAAUUGCUGUGCCACCUACCUUCUCCCCUCAAGGCCUCCACUCUGUUGUGAACAUGGGGUCCAUCCCUCCAUCCUUUAAUGUAGCAUCGCCAUUGAUCCAACACCCAGGAAUUACGUAUCCACCCAUCCAUUAUGCUCCCAUCUCUCACACAUCUGUGCAGUUUCUUGGGUCACCUUAUGCCGUUCCAUAUACCGUUCCUCCAGGCUUCCUUCAACGCGCUGUAAUAUCUCCUCCUGCCACACUGGCUACUUCUCAUGUACCCCAUUAUGUGCCAUAUAACUCCAUCUUGACCGAGGGAGUGACCCCUCCCCCACAGCCUCCAUCUCCUCAAGCUUAUAGUAAAGUUACCACAGCACAAUCCCCCUCCGUUCUCAUGGGCAUGGUGCCUGUUGAUAUCACAAAGGGACGAGUUCCCGUAUUUUAUCAGCAUUCUUCUCAAAUUCCGGCGGGUUAUCCUGUACAUGAAAUGAUCCUGGCAUGUCCUCCUCCUCCUAAUGCAGAACAUAAUCCAUCCUCCCCCAGCGACAAACUGACUUUGAUGACUUCUACCAACGGGUCCCAGAGAGGAUCUGAAUGUGCCUCUAGCAGAAGAGGGAGCCAGGCCGUAGAACAGUAUAUUCAUAAUUCUGAUGAAGAGAUGGUAAGAGGUCAAAGCGACAAUCUGUUGGACUGUGAUACGUACUCAGGCCAUGCAACACAAAGGAGCGAGGUGGCUCUGAUGACCCAUAGGAGCACCCCCGAUACGGACCUCGAAGUUCAGAGAGUUGUCGGAGGAAUGGCUUCACAAGAAUACUGUGCCCCUUCAGUUCAGAGAAAAGAACGGAUGAGUCCAUUAAAUCUAUCCAAUGAUGUUAAGCAUAACUCAAAGAGAAGUAAUAGUAAUCUGACGAGUCCGCCAAGAGCAGAUCUUCGAGGCGCGUACAGCGUACAGCACCCGCAUAAAUAUACAGACAACAAUGCACUUAUUUCGAACGGUGAAUCAGCCCGAGGAACACUUAGUUCUGCCGAGAGAUUUUCUACAGCGGCUCCACAGCAUGCCUCUAAAGAGACCAGAUCUCCAGAAGUGCGUGGUCGAGGCAGAGACUCGCCACCCGCGGGCCCCCCACUGCCUCCUCAUUCCACUACUUUACCAUCACACUUCAUGAAAGGAGCCAUCAUCCAGCUUGCCACUGGAGAACUGAAGAGGGUGGAGGACCUACAGACCCAGGAUUUUGUGCGAAGUGCGGAAGUUAGCGGUGGCCUUAAAAUCGAUUCCAGCACAGUGGUGGAUAUCCAGGAGAGUCAGUGGCCAGGAUUUGUGACUCUUCAUUUUGUAGUCGGAGAGCAGCAAAGUAAAGUGUGUCUCGAUGUCCCUCCUGAACACCCGUUUUUUGUGUAUGGACAAGGCUGGUCUUCGUGCAGCCCGUCACAGACUGCUCAGCUUUUUGCACUUCCCUGCCACCGGCUUCAAGUGGGAGAUGUAUGUAUAUCGAUAAGUUUGCAGAGUAUAUCCAAAAACGGUGCAUCACCUGCAGCCGGCGCUUCCACGCAUCAGGCUCUGCCGCAUCCUAUUGAGAAAGCAGUGUUACAAUCUAGGGAGUGCCCGGCGGUAUCCGAGAGAGAUGGCGAUAAGCAGCACCCUCUUCAGAGAGACGGGUUGGCUCAGAGUUCCCUGGCCCAGGCCCCGUGUCCUCUUCCCGCAGCUCCGUCAAGCUGGUCCAGCCCAGUAGUCCAAAGAUAUAGCGGACAGAGCACUGAAGCCCGACCCUCGCCUUCACGCCAUUCUUUCAUUCCACAAGAGGUGAAGCUGUCCAUCGAGGGCCGGUCAAAUGCAGGGAAGUAGUCUAUGACUCUCUGCAGACAUAAUAAAUUUGCACAGUUAGAGUACAGGGAUAAUCAUUGAUGUGAGGCUGGGUCCCUGCUGCUGGAGGUGGGGUAGGGGAGGGUGAUGUCUUCUGCACAGGCACGCCCGUUCUCCAGUAAGAAGACGCUGAGCUUUUUAUUUUCUUGGUAAUCAUUGGAACCCUAUUGUACCAUAUUUUUUACAUAUAUAUUGUACAUUUCCAUGAAUUAUUGCUGGUGUGUUAAGUAUAGGGCACAGCGGAAACGUCUGAGAUGUCUGAAUCAUGACUAUUUUGAGGAGAACGGAUAUGAGGUUGUUUUUUGGUAGGCGUCUUCCUGGGAUUUGAAGCUUCCAGAUCUGACCGCUAAAUCUCCCCUACCUUGCUGAACGGGCACAGGCAGCAGGCGAGUACAUUUCUUAAAGGGCAUCUGUCAGCAGUUUUGUCCCUAUGACACUGGCUGACCUGUUGCAUGUGCGCUCGGCAGCUGAAGGCAUCUGUGUUGGUCCCAUGUUCAUAUGUGUUGGCAUUACUGAGA